GCGAGGUUAUCACAGCCCCUCUCCAGUGACAUUUCAGCUAAAUUAAAAUGAGCUCGUCACUUCCUAAGAGCGAAUCUACAACAUCUCUGAUCGGAUCCUCCGUUCACCGUCAACAUCAGCAUCACCGGAACACCGGAAACACGACGCCCGCGGAAGGCGCGCGCGGAAGCUCCCGGAACGGAUGCGCGAGACGCGGUCAGAGGAGUCAGCCCGAACAGGAAACGGCGCGACGCAAGCAGCAGUCUCGUCACUCUCAGAGCGAGAAAACCCCGGACGAAACCAGUUCGUUUUUUGAGCCGAAGGAGAAACCGCGAAGGGGUUCAAACCUGAGCGUAAAAGCGAAGUCCGCGUGCGCAGAGGCGACAGGAAAGCACGGCAACGCGCGCGCGAAGGCACCAGACGAAGAGCUGCGUCCGAUCAUAAAGUCGGUCUUCGGACAGGACCGGAGGCGGAGCUACAAAGCUGUGGCCCGUGACGAAGGCGGAGCCUCGAGCCACACCCUGGCAUCUCAAAACUCCACUUACGUACACAGCGUGCUUGGUCCUGCAUGCAUCUUUCUACGCAAGGGAUUCGCUGAGAGCCGGCAGGACAGACAGCUAAGACCAGAAGAACUGGAUGAGCUCAGAGAAGCGUUUAAAGAGUUUGAUAAGGACCGAGAUGGCCUUAUUAAUUGUAAGGAUCUGGGGGUCUGUAUGAGGACGAUGGGUUACAUGCCUACAGAGAUGGAGCUGAUUGAACUAAGUCAGCAGAUCAACAUGAAUAUGGGAGGUCACGUGGACUUUGAUGACUUUGUGGAGUUGAUGGGACCAAAACUGUUAGCAGAAACAGCUGAUAUGAUUGGGGUGAAGGAGCUCAGAGAUGCUUUUAAAGAGUUUGACGCUAAUGGAGACGGUCAAAUCAGCACAUCUGAACUACGAGAGGCCAUGAAGAAGCUGCUGGGACGACAGGUUAGACGCAAAGAGCUGGAGGACAUCCUGAAGGACAUUGAUCUUAACGGUGAUGGACAUGUAGACUUCGAAGAGUUUGUGCGCAUGAUGUCACGCUGACAUGGAGGAACGACAGAUGAGAACUGAAAGGUGCUAGGGAGAUUAGAAGAGACAUUUGGAAUACAACCUCAGACCUCUGACCCUGCAAUGAAGCGUGAAAGCCCUUUGCAUCUCCUUUAUAAAGACUACAGGCUGAUCAAACAAUGCUGCAAGAAAACAUUUUAUAUCUCCAGCUGUAACAGAAGCACAUCUUCCUGAAGAUAAUCAACAUAUCGCUGCAAUACUGUGACUUCAAAUUCUUGGAUAUGGAUUGGAUAUGCAAUAUUACUUCUUUGUUCUUGUGUUUAUGUGGAGAUGUUUGUUGCCGCGUGAGAGUGAGUGUGUGAAGCCCAUUUCACAAGAGACGCAGGAAAUGUGUCCUUUAAGCAUCAUUCAAUGUAGCUUUUUAUACCAGAGAAGCGUGGCAAGCAGUGCAGCAGGGGGUUACAGGUACACUAAGCUUGAUUUUAUGUUUUGAAUCCACUUUUGUUGCUAGGGUUUUCUAGCUAGAAACACAAUGAAAAUAUUUGUGCUACAAUGACAAAAGCACAUCGAGACAAAUCUCCACCAGUAUACCCUCACUGGAGAGCCAGUAGAAAUUGUGAAUAAUGUGCACAUAAAUAAGCUGACCCUGACACAAGAAGCAAAGAGCACAACACAGUGAUAUACUGGGGAAGACCUGUCAGGUUUUUUCCCCAGGCCGACUCUAUAGGAAUCUCAUAUACAUAAUAAAAUGCAUGAAUUUGCUUCAGUUAAUAUAGUUCCAUAGAGUAAAAUUACAAAACUAAUCAAGAUAUAUUCCCAAAACGUUCUUUCUAGAUACCUCUAUACACAUGCUUAUGUGAUUUGGUCUUGUUAACAGUUAAGAAAUGGUAUCGGUAGCUUUAUUUUAUCAUUUGUCAAACAUAAAACAUUUGAGUGUUUUCUAUUAAAACAAUAUCCUAUGUGGAAUGUAUUUACCCAUAUAAAUGAUAACUUACACUCACCUUUCAUAUAGGAAUAGGAAUGCAUGUACACCUGCUUAUUCAUGAACUUAUCCAAACAGCCAAUCAUGUGGCAGCAGCACAGUGCAUCAAAUCAUGCAGAUACAAAACUGGACAGUUUUCCAAGAUUUGGAAAAA